AUGAAAGCAGAAUUCGAAAUGGUUCAUGGGACUAUGAAUGUGAUCCAACCCCAUGAAACCAACUGGAUCAACAACUCGACCUCAGUUAAUCCAUUAUUCCCAAAGCCUGUAAGCGAUCUCUCUCAGUGGGUAGAGCACAUAACAAAGCAACUCAUCGAUGACUUGCCGGAAACAGUCACCACCACCGCAGACACUUUGCAAACUGCAGCAACAUCCGGGGAUCAGUACUUCAUCCCCUCGUCACAUUCCGGCGAGUUCAGUCCGAGAAAAGCCUCCAGGAAAAACUACGGCGACGACACAAGUGCUGAUCGUGCAGACUACGAGCUGCAGUGGGGAAAUGAGCUGCAACUCCAUGCAGAGAAUAGUAGAAGAGCGAGAGGGUUGAGUAAGCUUGACCAGCAUGGCUUAACCCUAAUUACACUUCUGUUCGAAUGUGCGGUUGCCAUCUCAGUGGAGAACCCCGGCGAGGCACAUCGGAUGCUGCUCGAGCUGACCCAGAUGGCCUCGCCGUAUGGGCCAUCAUGCGCAGAGCGCGUCGUAGCCUAUUUCGCCAAGGCCAUGUCGAGUAGGGUUUUGAACUCGUGGCUAGGCAUUUGCUCUCCUUUGGUCAACUACAAAAGCAUUCAUAGUGCUUUUCAAGUCUUUAACACCAUCUCUCCUUUCAUCAAGUUUGCUCACUUCACUUCCAACCAAGCCAUCCUCGAAGCCUUUCACCGCCGUGACAGAGUGCACAUUAUCGACCUCGAUAUCAUGCAGGGUUUGCAAUGGCCUGCUCUAUUUCACAUCCUCGCCACACGCAUGGAAGGGCCUCCACACGUGAGAAUGACCGGCAUCGGCACCUCAUCUGAGGUAUUGCUCGAGACCGGAAAACAACUUUCAAAUUUUGCCAGGCGACUCGGUUUGUCAUUCGAGUUUCAUCCAAUCACCAGGAAUUUCGGUGACCACCUAGACACUUCAAUGGUGCAAGUGCGGAGGGGAGAGACUGUAGCAGUGCAUUGGCUACAGCACUCACUCUAUGAUGCAACCGGACCAGAUUGGAGAACAAUGAAACUCAUAGAAGAACUAUCCCCCAGAAUCGUCACAUUGGUGGAGCAAGACAUGUCACACAAUGGAGGCUCAUUUUUGGACCGUUUUGUCGGGUCUUUGCAUUACUAUUCCACCAUGUUCGAUUCUCUUGAAGCUUAUUUGCCUAGUGAUAACCCUAACAGGCACUUAGUCGAGCACUGCUUGAUGUAUCGGGAAAUCAACAACAUAUUGGCCAUCGGCGGGCCGGCGAGGAGUGGAGAAGACAAAUUCAGGCACUGGAGGAGUGAGCUUGGGGCUAGCAAUAGCUUCAUGCAGGUGGGUAUGAGUGGAAAUUCGAUGGCUCAGGCACAGUUAAUAUUGAACAUGUUUCCUCCCAGCAAUGGAUAUAGCCUUGUGCAAGGAGAUGGGACAAUUAGACUUGGGUGGAAGGAUACUAGUUUGUAUGUUGCCUCUGCAUGGACUUGUUCUCAUGCUUCAUCAAGAUAG